GGUCUCCGGGCAGCUGGGGGAUUUCCUGGGCGGAAGCAGCGGAGGGGGUUUCCAGUGUGAUCAGCCUAGUCCUCUCCGCUGGAUCUGUGAACUGGAUCCCAGAGACUCUCCCUCACAGAGCGGACCGACUGAACCCCGAACCCGAACCCCGAACACGAACCCGGACCAUGACGAGUCCGCCUGAAGCCUGGAGGCUCCGAGGCAGCGGGAGCGGCAGGUCGACGGUUUGAAUCCGGGAGAGAGUCCGCCGAGCCGAGGAGCUGCUGAGCCGAGCCGAGCCGAGCUGAGCCGAGCUGUGGCCUGCGGAGGAGAUUCAUGUCAUGUCAGCAGGGAGGAGUGCUGACGGGAGGGAGGUGCAGAUUCCCCUCCAGCAGGUGGCACCCUCCAUGGCCACGCCCCUCUCGGUGGUCCCACCCAUCCCACCGCCCUCUCAUCGGCCAGUCAAUCCCUGGCCUCCCAACGACCCCAACAGUUCACAAGGUGUUCCUGCAGGUUUUCUGCCUCUUCAUGGAGGAUUCAGAGAUCACUUUAUAGAAACUCCAGAAGCUAAAUACUGCUGCGAGGCCUGCAGGCUGGUCCUGUGUCAGCCGCGCCAGACUGAGUGUGGACACCGCUUCUGUCAGAGCUGCAUCAACGACAUCCUCAGUCAUUCAAACCCGGUGUGCCCAGCUGACAUGGAGCCUCUGUUCAAAGACAAGAUCUUUAGAGACGUUUGCUGUCAUCGGGAGAUCAUGGCGCUGAAGGUUUUCUGUCGCAGUGAAGCUAACGGCUGUCAGGAGCAGAUGAGUCUGCAACAGAUACCUGACCACCUGAAUGUGUGUCCGUUCUUCGAGGUGCCCUGUCCGUUGGGUAAAUGUAAGGAGCGAAUGAUGAGGAAAGAGAUUCCUGACCACCUGAACUGGAAGUGUAAACACAGAGAGACCGGCUGUGAGUUCUGCUUGACCAAGAUGCCUCUGACUGACCUGCAGAAACACAAAGAGACGGUGUGUCCAGCGUUCCCCGUUUCCUGUCCAAACCACUGCUCCUUCUCCUCUCUGCCACGCAGUGAGCUCUCCAAUCACCAACACGACUGUCCCAAAGCUCAGGUGACCUGUCAGUUCCACCGCUACGGCUGCACCUUCAAGGGUUUGAAUCAGGAGAUGAGGCAGCACGAGUCCACCUUUGCAGCUGAACACCUGAGAAUGAUGGCCAACAGGAACUCCACGUUAGAGAAGAAGGUGGAGGAUGUUAAAGGGGAGCUGUUGGAGAGGUACAAGGUGCUUCCUGCUCUGAACAGUCGUCUGUCCGAGCUGGAGAAUCAGAACGACGAGCUGCGAGAGAAGAACCGACAGAUGGAGCAGAAACUGGCCACCAUGCAGAAACUAAUGAGCUCUCACUCUGAGAAGCUGCUGGAGGUGGAGCUGGAGCUCCGGUCUCUGCGUCUGCUCAGAGAGGAGGUGGAGAACCUGCGAGGAACACUUGAUAACGUGUGGACCAGGCUCAACGCUCUGGAACAAGGAGGGCGCGGCGGGACAGGAUCCACACACACGCUAGCGUCUCUGGAGACUCAGCUGAAGCGACAGGACGACAUGCUGAGUGUACACGAGAUCCGAUUGGCCGACAUGGACCUGCGAUUUCAGGUGCUGGAGACAGCGAGCUACAAUGGGACUCUGAUCUGGAAGAUCCGCGACUACAAGAGGCGGAAACAGGAAGCGGUGGCUGCAAAGACUCUGUCGUUGUACUCGCAGCCGUUCUACACGGGAUACUUCGGGUACAAGAUGUGCGCCCGUGUCUACCUGAACGGGGACGGGAUGGGCAAGGGGACACACCUAUCACUGUUCUUCGUGGUCAUGAGGGGCGAGUACGACGCCCUGCUGCCAUGGCCCUUCAAACAGAAGGUGACUCUGAUGCUGAUGGACCAGGGUCCGACCAGGAAACACCUGGGUGAUGCCUUCAAGCCCGAUCCAAACAGCAGCAGCUUCAGACGCCCGGUGGCUGAGAUGAACAUUGCGUCGGGCUGUCCUCUGUUUGUGUCUCAGAGCGUCCUGGAGACAGGAAGCUACAUCAAAGACGACACCAUCUUCAUCAAGGUUACCGUGGAUACCUCUGAUCUUCCUGAGCCAUGAUGUUGUGACCCCUCUGACCUUUGACCCGGCUGGUCUGAGAUCAGCUGACCUGUCCACACCCAGCAGAGCAAAGGAUGAUGGGAAGGAUCAGAGACGAUGGAGGAGGCUCGUCCAUCAGAGCGACACAGACAGAAGAGAAGAAGAGUCAGACAGGAAGCAGCCAAUUAGAGUGGACUUAAUAGAGACCGGAGGGCGGGGCCUCUUCUGAUUGGCUGCUGGACAACAGAGAAGUUUGUGUGUGUUUGAAUGGAUCAGUGGUACCAUGACAUCACCAUGGUGAUAUCACUCAGAGCCAACAUGGCUGCCGCAGCAGGACGUUGUUGCUGCUCAUUACUGAUGCUGUGCAUCAAGCUUUACUUCCUGUUUAUUACCUGUUUACCAAGGCAUGCUGGGAUAUUGAUUUCAGCCACAGAGGAGCUCAGAACACUGCGAAGACCAGGACAGACCACAGAAACCAGGUAACACCACAGGAACCAGGACAGACCACAGGAACCAGAACAGACCCCAGGAACUGUAUAGACCCAGAGUAUAAAGAGACCCAGAGAAAAUGCAUUUAAUCAUCAAACUACAUCCAGUUCAAACUAUUUAUUCUGAAGAACUUUGUUUGUCAUUUGUGAUGGAUUCAUUCCUCUCCUACACACCUGUCUCAUCAAACUUUGGUACUUUUUGAUGCAAUCGAUCAUCAAAAUAUCAUAUUUAAAACACAUGAUAUUUAGAAGUGUCAAACUAGCAAACACUUACACACAAACCAAAAACUAUUAUUCAGCUGAAUGUUUCCAAACAUAAUAAAGGCUCCCACCAGUUUACAUGAUAACGGAAACCAGUUGAGUUCCAGUAAUAGUUCCCAGUAUGUCCCAUUUAAGGUUCCCAUUAUGCAUCCUUAAAGGUUCCCAGUAUGUCCCAUUAAAGGAUCCAUGUUUGUCCCAGUGAAGGUUCCCAGUAUGUACCAGUAAAGGUACCCUGUUUGUGCCAGUGAAGGUUCCCAGUAAGUCCCAAUAAAAAGUUCCAUUAUGUCCCAUUUAAGAUUCCCAGUAUGUCUCAGUAAAGGUUCCCAGAAUGUCCCAUCAAAGGUUCCCAGUAUGUCUCAGUAAAGGUUCCCAGAAUGUCCCAUCAAAGGUUCCCAGUGUGUCUCAGUAAAGGUUCCCAGAAUGUCCCAUCAAAGGUUCCCAGUAUGUCCCAGUGAAGGUUCCCAGAAUGUCCCAGUACAGGUUCACAGAAUGUCCCAUUAAAGGUUCACAGAAUGUCCCUGUACAGGUUCACAGAAUGUCCCAGUACAGGUUCACAGAAUGUACCAGUACAGGUUCACAGAAUGUCCCAUUAAAGGUUCACAGAAUGUCCCAGUAAAGGUUCCCGACACGUCUCAGUAUUGGUUUCCAGUAUGUCCUAUUUAAGGUUCCCAGUAUGUCCCAGUAUUGGUUCCCAAUGCGUUCCAGUAUAUGUCCCAUUUAAAGGUUUCCAGUAUCUCCCAUUUGUCUUGUGCAGUCCAAGUAUCCUAGUAUUUCCCAUUAAAGAUUCCCAGUAUGUCCCAGUAUUGGUUCCUAAUAUGUCCCAGUACAGGUUCCCAGUAUGCAUCAUUAAAGGUUCCCAAUACGUCCUAGUAUUGGUUUCCAGUCAAGGUUCCUAGUGUGUCCCAGUAUUGGUUCCCAGUAUGGUUUGCCUGUGGGAGUUCCUCUGAGGUCUGACAGAUUUCACUGACUCAUCGUUUCAUUUGCACAGUUUGAAUGUUUGUUAAUGUGUGAAAAUAAAAAUGUAACAAAACACAAA